AUGUUCUCCUUACCCGCUUUCCUCACUACCUUGCCUUUCACCUUACCUUCCUUACCUUCAAUAUCCCUACCAGCUAAUAUACAGAGGAGGUUCUUGUCAUAUGUCUUGAAGAGGUCCUUGGGUAGAUUCGUCAAAGAUGAAGCGCUUGAUGCGGAAAGGAUUCAAGCUCAGCUCAGUGAGGGUCGGGUAGAGAUUGAGGGAUUGGAAAUAGAUACCAAUGAAAUCAACUCGCUCAUACCCCCUGCUAUACCUCUCCUCCUCACGUCAGGUAUUCUAUCCAAAGUGACUGCUCGUGUACCAGUGUCAAAUCUAUGGUCAGAUCCCCUAUGUCUCACACUUGACACUCUCACGCUAUCUUUCGUCUUAUCUAGACCCUCUCCGUCAUCAAGCAAUAAAGGCAAGCAACCAUCUCCGUCUUCUCCCACCGCCCGCUAUGAGCUCCAUCGCGACCUCGCAGAAUCAGUCACUUCCGCAGCGGACGAUUUCCUACAUCAAGAGUUGGAUGCAUAUGAAGAAGCCGAAUUGGAUCGAUCGAUAAGACAAUCAUUGGUGCUCAACGCGACAGAUCCAUUCAGCAAUGACGAAGUGCCGGGUUCCUUUCCUUUCGGUGGACCAACCAGUCCAGGUUUAGAUGGUCAACCUUUACCCGCUACAGUUGAAAGUACCACCGUCUUAGCUGGAUUGGUGGAACGGAUUCUAGCGCGAUUGGAGUUUAAGAUCAAGAACGUCAAGAUCCAAAUAAGAUUCGAUGAUGACCAUCAUGGAGGGAUUUUUGAAGUUCGCGUAGCAGAAAUCAAAUAUGCUGAUGAAAAUCAAACUCAAGCUGAAUCAACAGAAAACGAUAAUAGCAGGACAACAAUUCGGUCAAUCCGCCUUUCCGGAGUUACCGUCCAUAUGCUGCCUAUACCAACAGUAGAUUCAUCUCAAACCUCUUCAAUCAGACCAACGUUUACUAGUUCUUCCUCAAGAUCAUCAUCUAUAUCAUCAACCUCUACCUCGUCCUCAGGAGGGGAAUAUCAGGAUAUGAUGAUGUCUCAAGCUGUCUUAGAUCUCAGAGAGAGUACGAUGUCGAACCUCAACUCAGAUGCUAGUGUCUAUCUCAGCGCUAUAAGUGAGAGACCAGCUGCAAGUAUACCUAGUACACCUGAAAAAGCUAUAUCCGAAGAAGAAUCAAGUAGAUCAGCUACCCCUACUCCCGCGACUCCAGUCAAGCCGACUGACCAACACGAUAGAUUACUUUUGACUUUCGGUUCGGAGGAUAUACUUUUACGAAUGAAGACCACUCGUCCAUUGUCGUCAAUCCCAUCUGAUCUGUCCGCAAUACCUCAUCGCCUUCCGUCUGUUGAUAUUGAAGUCUCAGUUGGUACACUAGCAUCAGUCAUACUCCCGGAUCAAGCAGCUACCAUUCUAGCUGCUUUGCAAUAUGCGACGAAACCUUUACCAGAUGGGAAUAGCUCGACCACACCUGCCAGUCAAAGCUCAGCGACUCAAGCGGGAGCUCAGCCACAAUUCACAGCUCAUGUGCAUAUGAAAGCUCUCUAUUCAGCCAUCAUUUACGAUAUGUCGGCUUCAUCCGACCCACAUUUCAUCGAUAGUCUAUCCUCGUUCUGGGCUAAGCCAUCAACCACUUUCAUACCCAAUGGCCAUCUUCGAUUACGCUUGGAUACACUUGAAGCCCACUAUGCGACGAAAGGUUCUAUGGCUAGACCUCAGGCUAUGUCCCGACCCAGUAGGCCCAGCCAUCCUAAUACCACACGUCUUCCUCGACGGUCAUCCACCAUCACUCGUCCAGAUCCGUCUCCACCUACGCUCACGGUCACUCUUCAGGACGCCUCGAUAUUCGAAUAUUUGGCUUCCGAUACCACCACCGGGGAUCCUUCGGACGUCCCACCCGGAGGUGCUUUCCCUGUACUCCUAUUCGAUACCAACUUGCCACGGCAAUACGAAGUGGCUCCUGGUGUUUCUUCAAGUUCAACUUCUUUGGGGUCCGCACAAGGCAGAAUUACCACUCCCAUGGGCAGCCCACCGGUAUUUCCAGAAUUCGAUUCGGUCGAUUGGCGGAAUUCUGGUCUGCAGCGAAAAUCAGGAGGGAGUGAGAAACAGUGGAAAGUUAAACAGAAGGGCAAAGGGAUUCUCAAGGGUACUCAUCCACCUACAGCACAAACCGACGAAGGACCCGUAAUGAGUCUGAAGAAAGAGCUAGUCCCGAAUUCGACCGCGACUAUAUCAUUCAAUCCAAUCCACGUUUUCCUCGAUCUGUCACUCGUGGAACGGCUCCUACCAAUGCUGCGAAGUAUUGCACCUGCUAUCCGGUCAACUGCAGAAUCUGUGGUGGAGAUACCCCCAUUCGGUAUCCGAUCUUACCAUCGCCCUUCAGAACCUCUUCGACAAAGAACGACUGAGUCUAUCAUUGACGAUCUCGACGCUCAAGCUUCCUCGUAUUCCACCAUUCAAGCCUGUUCACCCAACAAGCCUAUAGUGGAUAUCAAAUGUCCCUCAAUCCGCUUGGAUAUCCGUUGUCCUGCUCCGAUCAAUAGAAGAGGUACUUGGGGUGAUGGAGGCCACCUAAGAUCGGGCAUCGUGACUCUCGAUAUGCAUCAUCUCCGAGCCAGAAUUUCGGCUGGGAAGGAACAGGUAGAUAAGUCAAGCAGGAGAGCCGAAAGUGGCGAGGAUGGCACUAAGGUUAUGUGGGAAAAGAUGGUCCUAUUUUUCUCUCGGGCCCCAGAACGAAAGUCAUCUGCAUUCAUCGUCAUUGGACCACUGGCACCUGACCCUACAGAUAUUGACGUUUCACCCUUACUGCCAAGCAUCAACCUGCGCUCGUCCACUUCACCAACGGAGAGCAAGACCACCUUUAUCACCUGUCGUAUACCCUCUGUACAGGCCAAGAUCAAACAACAGACUAUCGAAGGUUUGCAAUUUUUCGCUGAUGACAUGACGCAUUGGCUAGAUGGAGCGUUCGGUGAUGGAUCGGCACCCAAGCCUCGAGACGAUCUCAAGAUGAUCGGAAGUCGGUUCUUCGGGGGUCCUGGCUCUACUCGAGGUAGCUCUUCAGCAUCCAGCUCCACUGACGACGAAGACGAAGAGGACUUAUCAGCUACCAUCCUCAAAUUGGAAGUUAGCGAAACAGACAUAUCGUUGUAUGUACCUAGACCUGAAGGAGGCGAGAGGGUCUUGGCACUGAAGGCAAGCGAUAUGGACAUUGGAAUUGAAUCGAAUGUAGCUGGAAGGCAUGAAAUGGUUUUCAACCUUUCCCUUAUGGACGCUGAAUUUUCAGAUAAGACUGAUCCGUCCACGCCUACCAAAAUAUUAGGACGUACCACGCCAUAUACCCUGACAAGCCAACAACAUCCAUUGAUCCGCUUGCGAUUUUCGUCUCUCACCAAUAUCGUCACUUCCACCAAAGAAACUGGUAUAUCAGUGACCCUGACGUGUCUCACUUUCUACCUCAAAUCGAUUGACUGGGCAAUGGACCUCAAAAGAUUCGCAAAAACGCCCGAAGGGGUGUUUGAAGAUGUCGUACCGUCCGAAGUCACUCGGAUUAAGUUGUUCCUCCAAGACUGCUCAGUACACGCUACGACUCCGACUUUAGGUGGAGCGGUGGUACUGGUUCUUGGCUCAUUGGUCGUUGGGACGGAUAUCAGAUCAGAUGGGGAUGAUAAUGAGAUCAAAGCUAGUGCAGGUAGAUUGAUGAUUUUGGUUGUAGAUGAUUUGCGUGCGGUGGGCGAGCUGGGUUUGGGUGUGCGCGAAUCGGCAGAGGCUUGGAGAAAAGCGGGUUACGCCCAGUUGAUAGAAAUCAUCUCGGUGGACGUACAUUGUUUACGCGAUUUGACUGGGACUGGACAGAUCUUAUUGGAAAUUCUGCAAAUUCAAGUCAAAGUCACUGCUUGUGCCGACUCCUUAGCCAGCUUUGGUAAUUUAGCGGGAGAUUUCACCAAACUGAUACCGCCAAAACCGACACCUUUGAGACCCGUACGAUCACCUACUAGCCUCGACCGAUCGAUCAAUGUUUUUGACUCGAUCGACGAACAAGCUUUCAACCUCAUACCUGAUAUAGUCUCAGGAGCAGAUAUGAUAGAAGACGAUUUACCCACCAAUCUCGAUUAUCUAGAUAGAGCUUCGCGGCUGCGGACCAGUCAACCUACAAUGGACCGAACGACGGGAGAAUCUCUAAGAACAUGGCAGACGGAUGAAGAGGAAGGCGAACUUGGAGGAGAAACAAUCAAGAUCUUGCUUAAUGAGGGAUUUGAUAUGGACGAGGAUUAUUGGGAGAAUUUGCCAGUUCUGAAUAAAGGUUACGAUGAUGAGUUACAACUUGGUAAAACCCGUAUACGUGUCAACGAUUGCAAUAUCAAGAUACUGUUGCAUGACGGAUACGACUGGCAACGUACACGAAAAGCGAUUGAAGAUGAGAUACGAGCUGUCCGACGACGACUAGAGAAGAUCAGACAAUUAUUGGCUUCUGGACAAAAAGCAGAUGAAUCGAUAGAUUUCGAAAGAUCGACUCAAUCAGUAUUGUUCAACUCCAUAUAUAUCGGUCUAGAAGGCAAAAACUCUUCGGAAAUGAACAACGAAGCUUUGAUCGCUGCCAUCGAUGAGGAGCUGGAUGAUCUGAAUGAAGCUGAAGUUGAGAGUACCGCCAGUUCUUGGCAGACGUUACCAUCUACUGGUGUACCUGGAGGUGGUGUACGUCAAUCUACAAGAAAGAGUAAAAUGAGAUUAAAAGGUAAAAAAUUGACUCGGUCGAAAAAACCUCAAAUCGAAAUUAAUCUUACAUCCUUACGAUCCUCAAUCGAUUUCUUUUCAUCCACCCCAUCGAUCCAGGAGAUGAUAUCAUCCAAAAUCGAGGUGAAAGUGAAAGAAAUGGAAAUACUUGAUCAUAUCAAGACGUCAACGUGGAAGAAAUUCUUGAUGUCGAUGAAAUCUGAUAAUAGGGGUAAUGUCAGGGAAACUGAUUCAGAUAUGAUUAGAAUAGAAUUGAAGGGAAUCAUGCUUGAAGAAGGAGGUGAAGAGGAAUUAAGAUUGAGGGCUAAGAUCCUUCCACUGCGAUUACAUGUAGAUCAAGAUGCCUUAGAUUUCCUCAAACGUUUCUUCAGCUUCAAAUCGCCCUCUGCGUCAGCAUCAACUACACCAGUAUCGCCAAUUAAAUCGAACGAAGCAUUCUUACAACAUGUGGAGAUCUUCCCUAUAGAGUUGAAAUUAGAUUAUAAACCCAAGAGAGUAGAUUUCGCCGCGUUGAGAGAAGGCAAAACAAUAGAAUUGAUGAAUUUCUUCCAUUUUGAUGGAGCUGAGAUGACGCUGAGGCAUAUCACUCUGUCGGGAAUCACUGGAUGGGAUCGUUUGGGUACCACUCUACAGGACUUAUGGACUCCCGACGUGAAAGCCAACCAACUUGCCGAUGUCAUAUCGGGUGUAUCGCCCAUUCGAUCCAUCGUCAAUGUCGGUUCUGGCGUAGCAGACCUGAUCUUAUUACCUAUCGAGCAAUAUAGGAAAGAUGGUAGAUUAGCCAAGGGUGUUCAAAGGGGUACGAAUUCGUUUGUCAAAUCGACUGCAAUGGAGAUGAUGAAACUAGGUGCGAGGUUGGCGACAGGCACUCAAAUCAUAUUGGAAAAAGCGGAAAAUGUCCUAGGCGGACAAAGUCAAAAUCUCAACAAUCUUGUGGUUCAACCUAUUCCCAACUCCUCGAUCGACUCGGGGAUGGAGCAUUGGGAAAGGGAUGCAGGAGGAUCAUCCUCUAGUGAAGAUGAGCUAGAUCACGAAAGAGAUGUGGGACCCGUAUCCAGAUAUGCGGAUCAACCUGAAGGUGUCAAACAGGGUGUACAAGCGGCUUAUAAGAGUUUAUCAAAGAAUGUCAACGCUGCUGCGCAGACUAUCUUGGCUGUUCCCAUGGAAGUUUAUGAGAGGUCAGGAGAUGAUGGCCCACUUAAAGCUGUCGUAAGAGCUGUACCGAUCGCAGUACUGAAACCGAUGAUAGGUACUACCGAAGCUGUCAGUAAGACUUUAUUGGGUAUGAGAAAUAGUUUGGACCCAUCUGCGAGAAAAGAAUUGGGAGAUAAGUAUAAAUAG